GCAGCAGAGUCGUUUGCGCGCGACACGACAGACAGCAAGGCAGCAGCAGCAGUUAGCAGCUCAAGCUGCCUUACAGAUAAAGCAGGCUAGCUGUACAUUAGAGUUACUGCGCUGUUAUUUUUUACAUCUACAAUCAUUAGUUGAAAGUAGCUGACAAGGCUAAUGAAGACUGUCGCCAUGUUUAGGAAUAAGUCUGCCUGGUUCUCCAAUAGUGCACCACAGGAAUGUCAGAACUUUUGGGUUUUGGAGGGUGGGACCAUUGCUGGUUGGAGAACAGCAGACUACCUCUUCAGCAAGGAUGCUACAUGUCCUGACACUCUAAGGAUAUUUGAAAGCAGAGAUUAUCUCUGGAACAAGGUGGUGGUUUUUCACUGCUCGUUUCUGUCUACCUGUGAGAAGAGGAAGAGCGGAAAAUCUGUGUGUAUUGGUCAUUAUGUGCUGCCUCCAGCUUCAGUGCAGGAAGUGAGGAACGUGGUUGGGAGGUUGAUUUGGGAGUGUGAAGACGAGCAGUCAGUGGCAGAGGGUUCCCAUAAUAGUUUGAGUUGCCAGACAGAGGAUGAGCACAGUGGAGGAGAAGCCGGGACAAGCAACAGCUCUGAACCAUGUGACACAGACUCAUCAGGAUGUGAAGCCCCUCUAUUUGGUCAUUUGCGGGAUUAUCCAGUUAGCAACAUAUUCACAGGGUAUGUCAGCAUGGACAACCUGCAGAAAUAUUCAGGUGAUCUGAGUGAUUUCCAUCCUGGUUGUGUCCGAUGUUCCAACUGUAAAGGCUGUUUGCCACAUCUGUAACCAGUCGUGCACUCAGAGACAAGAGUGUGGAAGAAGAAUAAACAUCAGUUGUGGUAUUAACAGUCACAAGCAAUACUAUAUAUAUUAUACCAGAAAAUGUGUUAUUUUGUUUUUAUUAAGGUUGCAUUGUGAGAAUGUAUUAUAGAUGUUUACACUGACAUGAAUAAAUCAGUGUACCAAGGCUAA